AUGGGGAUGCGAGUAACGAUGGAGAUGACAUGGGUUAGAAUGCAAACGGCGGUGCUCGUGCCAUCGACGGUGGCGACGGUGACGGUGACGGAGGUGGGAGAAGGGAGUCGGAGGAGACAGCCAUUGGGGAGGGCAAUGAUAGUUUACUGCUACAUCAUGAACAAAUACUACGCCAACCUGAGGGCCGGUGACUGCCAACUUGUUCAUUCCCAAGGACCCUACGGCGAGAACAUCUACACUGGUUACGGCCAGGGGUACUCGGACGGGGUGGACGCAGUGAGGUACUGGUACAACGAGAAGCCAUCCUACGACUACGUGUUGAACCAGGGCUUGGGCGGCGUGGAGUGCUUGCACUACACGCAGAUGGUGUGGCGCAACUCCAAGCGGAUUGGCUGUGCGAGGGUGGAGUGCUCCGGCUUUGGAGGGCAAUACUCCGUCACAUACAACUACGAUCCUCCUGGAAAUAUUCUGGGGGAGAGGCCUUACUAG